CCCACAGAUACCCACCGAGCCUUAUCACAGGCCGCUCAACAACACAAUUUCCUUUUCGACUCUUGCUGCCACUUCGGCAGCAUGGCUACAACUUCAGCGCGAUACAUACCAACUGUUGCUACCAUAGACGCGGAGGAAGCCGCCAAUCAUCACCCCGAGCUGCCAAAUACUGUCGCGUUGCAGAUCCUUGAACAAACGAGAAACGACGCUCCACGCCGAUGGUGGCCACGGCGACUACUGGACAUGUUGUCCAAACGCAUCAGGUGGAGAGGAACUGAACGGAGAACCGAGCUGCCACUCCCAGCGACAGCAAGAUCCCAAUCACGGUUCCGACACAGUGCCCGAUGUCGAAAUGGAAAGCACGCUUCCUCCUUAAGACCUUUAUUGUAUAGCGCUGCUCUUAGUCUUAUUUUCGGCGAGCAGUUGUUUGGAAAUACCAAUACUCCAAUUGGCUCUUUUUGGAUGCAGCUCCUGCGGGCUAUCUCUUUAGUCAUUUGGGUCCUGUGUUACGAUAUCUACAUAACAAAAUGCACGCCUGCAGAUAUGAGUGACACGAGAAAGACAUGGUUCUGCACACUCACAGUCGUCUUCGCCCUGUGGCUAUAUUUGUGGUUACCACAAUCACCCCUCGUCUUACUUGGCAUUGCGGUGAUCAUCACUGGAUCGACGGCGGCGGCAAUACAGGCCCAGAAUCUUUGGGAUUUUUGGAUUGAGACUCUGCUUCGUCUUGUUUCUGCUCUUUCUGUGAGGCCAAGCGAUAGGUUAAACGAACUCACUGAGGAGCCUUGACCUCAAUCGAUUACUCCCACGGCGAUACGAAGCUAGGAUACCUCAAUGCGACUCGAUAUGGUAUGACCUCACGAGGCAUGUCGAUUCUUCACCACACUUUGGCGAUAGUAGCCGUGCUCCCUGCGGCUGGUUCUGUUCCUCGAUGCAUUUGAGCAGGUUGUUUGGCGUUGCUUUCUUUACGUUGUAUAUGUUUGUUGUACGAUCCUUGCGCGCACUACUAAGAAAGGCAAGUAGAGCGAGGGAAAAUAUACUAUAGAGUGGAAUAAGUCCAGUUAUUGAGACAUCGGAAUUUGUUAGGAAAUUUCGGCCCAUUAUAUAACAAGGCAAGGCCUUAGUUAGAUACUCAUUAUGUUAGAAAUAACAUUUGAUUUUAC